CUUUUAGAUGACGGACAUAUUUUUGGUUUCUUUCAUCUGCGCAAUAGUGUUUUUCUUUCUUCAGUCCGGAUAAAAAGAAAAGGUGAAUUAAGACCUGAAACAAGAAAGGAAACCAGAAGUCACCCUCCUUUUUUUACAUUUAAACAGCAGGGAUCUCUCUCUGUGCUCUCAUCAGCCUCACUCACUCUUCAUCACCCUGAAUCUCAGAUAAUCCUCAUCGUCCUGCCGCUGAGAUGUCGACUCCUGAUGCAGCAGGCACACCUGGAGCUCCCGGGGGGCCGGAAGGUGAGGGAGGCCCUCCGGCUCCGGCCCCAAACUUGACCAGCAACAGACGGCUUCAGCAGACGCAGGCACAGGUGGACGAGGUGGUGGACAUCAUGCGUGUGAAUGUGGACAAAGUCCUGGAGAGAGACCAGAAGCUGUCAGAACUGGACGACCGGGCCGACGCCUUGCAGGCCGGAGCCUCGCAGUUCGAGAGCAGCGCCGCCAAACUCAAGAACAAGUACUGGUGGAAAAACUGCAAGAUGAUGAUCAUGAUGGCAGUUAUAGGAGUUAUAUGUGUCGGCGUCGUCUUCUUAUAUUUCUUCUACUGAGCUGCUUUUCAAGAAUGGAGAUGCAAGUCCCAGGACGGGUCUGCACCGGCGAACGCUAAACCGAGUCUUUCCUCAGUCCUCCUCCUCUUCCUCAGCGAGGCCUUCCUCAGCAACCUCUAUGCAUGGCCUUUAAUGUUCUCCUCCUGUCCUCUUUGCAAUGAGCAGGUUUACAGAUUAAAACAAAGGGUCACUAUAAUCGGUUGGUUUUGUUUGGGUGAGUUGUAGUUUAUGGAUUAAGAUUUUUGACAGAAAAAUUAGCCAAUGUGACAUAACCUCUGUUUUAUCUAAAUCAUCUUCCUGAAGAUGGCGGCUGCAGGAAGUGAUGUUUUGGAUUCAGUCAAGAAUCAGUUGAGUUCCUUCUGCCUCUUUCAAAAGUAUUAGGAGCUGUAACCUUUAUUUCACAGAAACCAUUGUCACACAAUAACUAAUUAGUAGUUUCAUAAAUAAUAAUAAAUAAUUGACACGGUCAAAAUUAUGUCAAUCUUUACUUGCUUUUUGAAUUCUGAAGCAGCUUUGAGCUUUAAGGUGCAACAGAAUCACAGCAUGUCAUUGACCGAUAAACCAGUUGCGUUUCCUAAAAGAGAAUGUCCUUCCAGUCCUUGCUUAUUGAAAUUAUGUGAAAAAUGUCAUGUUUUGUGUGUUGAGCCAAAGAGAACCACAGAUAAGAGAAGCAGAGUGUGUAUGUGGCUGACUGUAGAUUAGAAUUUUACUCUUAAAAUAAAACAAAGAAAUUAAGUUGUGCACCUGGUAAGACUAACAUCUAUAUACAUCAUAUGGUUUAUUUUUGAGCAACUAAAAGACAGCCAUACCUAAAACAUAUUACUGUAUAUGAUGUUAAAACAUGGCUGAAACUCCUAGCCCUUGCUGUAUGUCAGUGUCACUCUGUUGGUGCUGCAACUGAUUUUAAAAACAACCUAACUUCUGUUUGAACUGUUUUCUGUUUGCUUUCACCCAUCCUGUGUUUAACUUCUGUGUUGAGUCGACUUGUAGUUCCCAGAACUUUUUUUUGAUGAAUUUUCGUGGAUGAAAACACUCAUUUAUGCUAUGUACUAUUGAAAUGAAUACAUUUAAUUCCAGACAGAAUGGUUGACAAAAUUCUAAUAAAUUAAUAUUUGCUUUCAAUUGUCUUUUUUUCCCUCUACUAGAAUGUUUUGUACCAGCUUUGAGUUUCAUCAUGUAAAGUUAAGGUUAUUUUUUAAUACUGUUCUUGAUCAACUCGGAUUACAAAAAUGUAAUAUUUUUGCUAAAUUCCUGAAUAGUAAGCAAAGUGAUAUUUUAAAGCUAAGUACCAUUUCUUUUUCUUAUUUUAUUUCAACAAUCAAAACCAACCAAGCAAAAAACUUCAUUACAUUUUUUAUUUAGGUCCCAAAAAAACCAUCAUAAUAACAUUAUAUCAAUAAUAUUAAUAAAGAAAUUGGAAAAAAAAAAAAUAGGGGGAAAA